UCCAAAUCUCCCCAAGGCUCCCCUUGUUGUACCUCUGUUGCCCAGGCCUUUUCAGCUAAUGCUAUCCCUGUCUGGUGCCUCGGGGUGGAAGCUUUUGGCAUGCCAACUUUGCUAGAGUGCUGCUGAAAACCAGCAAUAAUUUCUACAUGUUUUGCCAACCACUGUGUUUCCAGGUCUCCUGGGACAGCUGAGGACAGCCAUCACCAUGAUCCCUGCCCUGCUGUUGCUGGGUCUUUCAGCCCUUGUUGCUCCAUCCAUGAGUUACAGUUGCUAUGGUGACAUAAGUGCUCUUCAAGCCCCCACCAUCUCCUGUACACCUGUAAGAGCCUCUGACUGUGGAUAUGCCAUAAGGAGAGCUGCUGAGGCAGACCUCGUACGCCUGAGGAGAUAUGAGAUCCCCAUCAAGAGAGUAGCCAGGAAACUGUGCUUGGACCCAGCGCUCAUCGGUGGCAUCAUGUCCCAGGAGAGCCGUGUUGGCCUGCUCCUGGACAACGGCUGGGACCGGGGGCAGCAGAAGUACGGCCUGAUGCAGAUCAGCAGGCAGCAACUGCGACCUUAUGUGGCGUGGGAUAGUGAAGAGCACAUAAAUCAGUGCUCAAAUAUCCUGGUUCUUUCCAUUAAUGAAGUACGGGCAAGACAUCCUACCUGGACCUGGGACCGGCAGCUGAGAGGGGGAAUCUGCACCUACCAUGCAAAAAUGGGCAACCUCCAGGUCUACGAGGCAGACCCAUGCAGCAGAGACUACAACUACGUCAAUGGUGUGAUUAGGCGAGCCCAGUACUUUAAGAGAAAUGGGUUCUAGGUCAUAAACCCACCCUGCCACUGAGCCUCCCCUCUGCAGACUGGCCCAGCAGUGAUUGUAGUACCCAGAGCAUUUCCUCAGGUCUCCUGGCAGGACUGAUGCUGGUGGCAUUGCCAAUGCCACCUGGAUUGCUCCUGCAAAUCCCAGCCCCCCACUCACUGAUGGGUGAGCUCAGCACUGUUUUCCAGGAGACUCCCAGGGAUGAGAUCCCACAAGCUCAGGACCUUUGAAAGGCAGAUGGGGACAGACCAGCAAUGUUUAAAUUUUGAGUGAGGAAGGUGACUCUUCCUGUUCAAAGCUGCACCCUGGGGCUCUUUGUGCAUCUCCCAGACAUGGACACAAACAGCUCUGCCUGGGCAUUAGCUGUGCUCUUCCCAUCUGCAUCCACCUCCCUCCCUCUCCAUGGCCAAUGCAGGGGUUGAACACCCUGUUUUCCUUCCCUUGGUGCUGCUGACUAAGGAGCAAUGAAGAGACUACUCAGUGAGCUUUUGGUCUCUGCAGUAGCUGAGGAUUCCUGAAGCCAGCCUGGAGAGGGACAAUACUAAAACAUGCUGUGGUUGGUCUCCUGAGUCCACGGCCAUGGUGCAACUGGGAACCUCAUCAGGGUAUCUAUAUGGAAAAUACUGCAAGUGCCACA